AUUCAGUUUGUUUGCACUGCAGUAAGUUGCAGAGUGUCUGUUGCUGAGCUUUCCAUUAAUUCUUGUAUUUUCAUUUUCCACAGCUGUCAUGUCUGUGGAAUUGCCUGGAACCCAGGUCCCUUUUGCAUGCCCUUGAUACCCUCAACCAAAAGGAAUUUCAGUGGGUUGUCCCUGGAGGCUUCCCGUGUGCUGAGGGGAGCUCGUGUGCUGGCAAGGAGAGAAACUGAUGGCUGUUACUACCUGGGCCACAUUGUCCAGGAGGUGGAGGGCUCCAGGGAAGGCUUUUUAGUUGAGUUUGACCAAAGUGGGGCUCUGAAGGGCAGGGUCCAGCGAGGCCGGCAGGAAACGCCGCUCUGUGACAUUGUGCACUACGAGGACGCCCGGCGACAGCCUCUUGCUCCAGGGGACAGGGUCUUGGCACCAUGGGAGGCUCCAGCCAAACGUUUUGGCCCUGGCACUGUGCUGAGGGUUGUGGAGAACACAGAGGCACCUUCAGCACACAAUGAGAGGGGAGUGCUUGUGAGUUUCUGGAAUGGGCAGACUAAGGAGGUGUCUCCUGCCCAAGCUCUGCGCAUUCCCAUGCCCCUGAGCGAACGCAUCAUCCUGGAGCUGCAGAUGCCUUUAGCAGCCAGGCAGAUGGUGGUGGAUUCAAGCUUGGAUUACCCAUACCUUGUGGCACCAGGUUACAGAGCCUCAGGGCACUACAGACAGGGUCACCUGGGCCUGGGCUGCUGCCCAGAGGUUCUGUAUUCCACUCAUCCCUGUGCAAAGUGCAGCUGGGGAUGCACCUCGCUUCCCCAGGGCUGCUUUGGAGCCUGGGAACACACACAGCCUGCAGAGUGCAAAGUGCGGCAGGAAAGCACCUUCAGCCCCAGAGCAAGCCUCACUGAAGACAAGCUCAGCAAGAAAAUAGAACAGGAACUGUCUGAAUUGAGGAUUGCUUCUUCAGAAAGUGUUUCCAGAGAGGAAGAGAAAAAGGAAGAGAAGAGAUUAGAGACAGAAAAUGUUCCAGAAGAUGUCAGGUCUCGUUUGGAAGAGGACCAUGAGGUUAUAGAAACUGAGAAGGCCCCUCAGAGGGAGAUGGCUCGUGCUGUGGUGGAUGCUGCUGUCAACACAGACAGCUGGUUAAUGGAGACAGAUCACAAGGAAAAAGCAGAGAGCAGACAGCAGGAUGCUGAAACUGAAGCUAAUUUUGAACAUGAUCAUGGCUUUUUUGAGUCCAGAGUGGCAGAAGCUCCAGUCCAGCAUUCCCAGAGGAGCCCUCCCAUGGGAAGCAGUGCUUUGGUUCCUUUCAGGUGCCAGAGCUUCUUUGCCCAGGUGAAUCAGUCACUGGAGAAAGACAGCCUGACCAUCAGAUCAGCCCUUUGUGGGCAGAGACCCCACAGUGCCACCCCCCUGCUGGCUGGGAGAGCCACACAUCUCCCAAAGCUUCUGAAAGACAAAAGCAUCACAAAAUCAAUCCCUAGUGGUGCAUCUCAGAAGAGGUGGAAGGAGCUGGACUUCAGCAGAGCCAAGACUGAGCACAGAAGGUGGCAAGAGGAACAGAGGCAGCUGAAGAGGGAGCAGCAGCAAGAGGCAGAUGGCACCUGCAGGGACAGCCAGAGGCAGCGAUUGCGUCAGAGACCAUUGCAAGGGCUGGAGAAACAGCUGGAGCACAAAGAGAGAGCUUUGCAGCACGUGGCACUGCUCCAGGCUGCUGGGGCUGAGAAGAGCAGGAAGGAAUCCUGCUUUCCAGAGGAGGAGGAGGAGGAGAGGAAGGCAAGGCAGAGGCUUCAGCUCUUAAAGACACGGCGUUUGCAGAGAGAGGAGCUGCAGGCAGAAAGCAACAACAGGAGCUGGGAACAAGAGAAAGAAAGGCUGGAGUUGCUGAGGAGCAGAAUGCAGUCACGGCAGGAAGUGCUGGAACAAGAAUCCCAGGAGCAGGACAAACAGCAAAACCAGCACCAGGCUGCCAAAGUGAGAGUGUUCCAGAGGAGAGAGAGUUCUCAUCUGAAGAUGGAAAAAGAAGGCCAGAAGCUCUGUGCUCUCCAGCAGUACCUCAGGGAACAGAAGCUCCUGCUGCUCAGGGCAUCCCUGCUCGAGUAAGGAAGCUGCACAGAGGGUGAGCAGGGCCUGGAGCAGUUCACA